AUGAGCGCCGUCGAUCGCGAGCAACAGCGCCUGCAGAAGCGACUCGUGGACAUUCUCAAGCGACCAGAAAAUCUCACGUGCGCCGAGUGUUCCUCGAGACUUCCCCGAUGGGCGUCGACCUCGCUCGGGGUGUUCUUCUGCACGAGCUGCAGCGGUUCCCAUCGCGGGCUGGGGGUGCACAUAUCAAAGGUGAAGUCGACGACGCUGGAUAAGUGGACCGAGGCGCAGGUGGACUUUGUGUCGGGGCUGGGGAACGCGCGCGCGAACGCGUACUGGGAGGCGAACGUGCCGGUGGGGAAGAAACCGACGCCGACGUGGACGAGGGAUCAGUGCGAAAGAUUCAUCAGGGAGAAGUACGAGCGGAAGAUGUACGUCGACGAGACGAGGAGCGGGCCGGAGGAGGAGGCGAGCGGGACGGCGGCGCAAGCGACGCAAGCGACGCAAGCGGUGGCGCAGCCCGCGCAGGCGAACGGUGGGGGAGCGUUCGAUCUGUUGUCGUUGAAUGAUACCGCGUCGGCGCCGGUGAGCGGAACGAACGAUGCCUCGGCGGCGUUCGCGAGCGAUCAGUGGUCGGAUUUCUCCGCCAUACCGGCAGCGGCGCCCACGACUGCGUUGAACGGAUCAGAUCAGUGGAGCGAUUUCUCGGUGGCGCCCGCGACCGUAGUGCCUACGGCGGCGAUACCCAUCGCUGAUGAUGGAUGGGGCGAUUUCGCAUCGGCGCCGACUGCUGCACCUCAGGCGGCGCCGGCGGCGCCAGUUGCGCCACCAAAGCGAGAGGUUUCCAAGAACGACAUAAUGAACCUCUUCGACACACCGGCGUCGGGACCGACGAUGCCGAUAGGAGGUGCGUCGGCGACACCUUUCGUGGGGAGUGGUUUGGAUCAGCUUCAGGGAGGCGUGAUGGCGUCGCAGGGCGGUGUUCCGAUGAGUGCAUUCCAGCAACAACAGAUGCAGCCCCAGAUGCACGGAAUACCAGGAAUUGGGCAACAGCCGGCGAUGCCGGGGAUGGGACAGCAGCCACAGACGUUCCAAGGGUACGGAUAUCAGCCGCGACCGCAGAUGAUGCCGCAGAUGAUGAUGCAACAGCAGUUCAUGGGCGCCGCGGGCGCUGGCGCGCAACAAUUUGGAUACAUGCCUCAGCAGCAACAGCAGUACGGGACGCCCCAAAUGGACGGACCGAUGCCACCGAUGGGAGGUACGUUCGUGGGCAAUCAGUUCGCGCAAGCUGGCGUCUCCGCGUUCGGUGCGCCUGCGUCCCCUCAGAAGCCCCCGGUGGACACCCAAAACAUUCCAGAGUUCAAAUGGUAA